UUGUCAAACAGCUGUCAAACGAAACGAAACGAUUUUUAUAUUUUCACUUUGUUUCAUUUGUUGUAAAAAACACAAAAAAAGAGAAAAUGUAUUCACUAUUCGCUCAAUAGUCAGUUUUAGUUUAAAAAUUGAAGUCAAUAUUUGAUAAAUUCUUACAAUCUACUUCAUAAAAACUUACUUGUUUGUAGCUCGUUUUUAAUAUUUUUCCCAUUUAUUAUCACUUAAAUUAAUAAAAUACCUAAUUACCUAUUUUCUUAAUUACCUAGCUGUUUUAGCUUUUACUUUGAAUAAUCAAUAAUGUCGCCUCGUAAACAGCCUAUUAGUUUGUAUCAAUUAUGUAUAAAAAAUUCCCUUAGCUUGAUAAAUGAAAGUUGUUAUGCGAUCGAAAAAAUGUAUCCAGAGGUUGAAUUUAAAGAGUGUAAGAAGCAAAAAAUAUAUGACUUGAAAUGUUUCUUGAUGGCUACAUUACCAGCCAGGAUAUUUGAUGCACUCUGUUUAGAAAGAAUAUAUUGCAGAUACCGUGGUGACCCUCGUAUUCAACUCCAUGUCCUGAUACAUCCCAAGAUGACUAUCUUUCGCAAAGUUUAUGUUGAUAAUUGCAUAUCACAACACUUCUGGAUCAAAACAGUCCCUUGGUUUAGUAGUUUAGUUGUCCUCGACUUGAAAUUUAUUUGUACUGAUGAAAUCCUUCAAAUAAUUGCCAGUCAGUGUCUUCUGCUUGAAGAGCUCAAUAUUGUUUCUAGGGUGGAUGUUUGUAAGUCAGCAAUAAAUGCUUCUGUAUUAAUCAGGAAUGUUUCUGAUGUUGGUUUAUGCUGUUUAAGAAAUCUUAAGCAGUUGCGCAUACUGUCCAUGGAUCCACCGAGAAAUGAAAAAGCUAAUCGAGUUGGUAGAUGUGUCACACAAUCUGGUAUCAUUAUGUUACUACGAGAGCUUCCUUAUCUUGAAGAACUAAAUAUUGAGUCUUGCGACAUCGGUUCCACAUUGAUAGGUGCAGAAGUAGGUAUCGGCCCUCUGAGCCUCAGGAAAGCCAAUUGCCAUUUUGCUUCAGCAGAAGGUAUUCGGAAGUUGAUUAAAAUUUGCCCCCGUUUGAAGGAACUAUCUGUCACACAUUUGUCGACUAAUGAUAAAGAGUCAAUCAUAGAAGAAAUCACAGCUAGCGAUCUUAGGUUAAGUGUGUUAAACAUGUCAUUUUUCUCGUAUACUGAAUCAUUGCAAAGACUUUUACAAGUUCAAGGUAAAUAUUUGACUCAUUUUUCGCUUUGGGAUAUAGACCAAUCUGUUAACAUUGAUGCUGUUGUGCACAUAGGCCUUUGCUGCCCUAACCUCGUCAGUCUCUGUCUCAUGACACAGUCUAAUAAUUUGUAUAUUCCACGUUUCUUCAGGAGACCAGAUAGCAUUUUCUCUGAAUUACAGAGUUUAACAUUAGGCAAUGAAAAUUUUAAACUAGAAGACAUUGUGUUAUUUUUCCUGGAAUCUACAAAAAAAUUGUCAAAACUUGUUUUAAAAUACCAGACCAAAUUGGUUGUGGAUGAAUUAUUACUACACGUAUUAAAGAAGGGUUAUUUGAGUAACAUCAGCAACUUAUGGUUGGAUAUCACUCUAGAGGUUUCCAAGGAUGUGGUAACAGAAAUUAUACAUUCGUGCGAUAAGCUAACGAAUUUAACGGUAGACCUAGUGGCUAAUGACGUAAUACAAAUUCUACAGUAUAUCCAUCAGAACAAUCUUGAUUUAAGAUUUGGUGGUUAUUAAGUUACUUCCUGAUUAUGUAACUCUUGUACUACCUAAUUUUAAUAACAGUGAUAUUAUUAUUAUUUUUAAUAAAGUAAUACUUAAUAUAUAAUUAA